AUGGAGCUCACGGCCUGGCCACCGCUCCUCUUGCUCAUCACUCUCUCACUCUCGCUCGCAGCUGCGCUCCUCUUCUUGCUCAGCUGCCGCCACAGCGUCGAGAAGAAGGUGACCGGGAAGGAGCUUCCCCCAGGCCCACCGGCGCUGCUCUUCCUGGCCAAGUUCCUAGCGCUCCGGCGAUCCAUCUUCCACCUUGCGCCGCUCCUCCGCGAGCUGCACGCGCGCUACGGCCCCGUCAUCUCCAUCCGCCUCUUCCGCGCCCUCGUCUUCGUCUCCGACCGCCACCUCGCCCACCGCGUCCUCGUCCAGGGCGGCGCCACCUUCGCCGACCGCCCGAGGCUCUUCGAGCCGGGCCUCCUCUUCACCUCCGGCUCCCGCAACAUCAACGCCGCGCCCUACGGGCCUUACUGGCGCCUCGUCCGCCGCAACCUCGCCUCCGAGGCGCUGCACCCGGCCUGCGUCAGCCAGUUCGCGCCCGCGAGGCGCCGGAUGCGCGACAUGCUCGUCCGCGACCUCCGCAAGCGCGGCGCCGCCGGCGACCCCGUCGAGGUGAGGACGCCGUUCCGGAACGCCAUGUUCGACCUGCUGGUGUACAUGAGCCUCGGCGCCAGGCUCGCCCCGGAGAUGCUCGACGAGAUGCAGGAGAUGCAGCUGUGGGUCGUCCGCACCAUCACCGGCUUCCCCAUCUUUUCCUUCUUGCCGGCGCUCACCAAGAGGCUCUUCCGCAAGCGAUGGGAAGCGCACCUUGCCGUCCGCCGGAGGCAGGACGAGAUCUUGCUCCCGCUGAUCGAAACAAGGCGUUCCGUUUCCGUGCCCCGCGGCGCUGACAACCCACCGUGCUACGCCGACUCGCUUCUGGCGCUGCGUGUGGCGGACGAAGGCGGCCGCCCGCUCACGGACUCCGAGCUCGUCAGUCUCUGCUCCGAGUUCUUGAGCGGUGGCACGGACAGCACGGUGACCUCGCUGGAAUGGAUCAUGGGGGAGCUGGUGAACCAUCCGGACAUGCAGGCCAAGGUCUACGAGGAGGUCAGGAACUCAGGAGCAAGGCGGAGCUCAGUGAAGGCGACCUGCAGCGGAUGCCGUACCUGA